AAAUGACAUGAUUAUGCUAUUUUCACCAUUACGAUCUCCCAACAUACUCCACAUAAACUUUUGUCGAUGCAGCAGAUAUACAGUGGCAAUACGCAGAGAGGUCCGUAAGUGGGGAAAUUGUUUUCAAUCACAAAGAAUUGAUCCAGCGCGCCGCCACAUCUCACUUCCACCAUGUCUGACUAUGUACAGGAGCAAGAAAUGGAAAUUGAGGCUUUGCAAGCAAUCCUCAUGGAUGAAAUAAAAGAGAUCGACUGCAAUGAGAGUGGACUAAAUACAGAAGGUCGGUGCUUUCAAAUUAUUCUGUCUCCUGAGGAUGAUGAGGAUGAAUCUAUGGAUAUUCCAGUUCGUGUGGCAUUAACAUUUUCUCAUACGCCAAACUAUCCUGAUGAACCACCACUUCUUGGUGUGAAAAGCUUGCAAGGCAUGAGAACUGAUGACUUGAAACUGUUGAAGGAAAAGCUUGAUCAAGAGGCUUUGGAGAAUCUUGGUAUGGCAAUGAUUUAUACUCUAGUUACAUCAGCUAAAGAAUGGUUGACGGAAAAGUAUUCCAACAAUGCAGAUUUUGAUAAUGGAGAUGAUGAAGAUACUGUCAAAGAUGAUGUAAUAACACCACAUGGGGAGAUAGUAACAGUGGAGACAUUCCUUGCUUGGAGAGAACGUUUUGAAGCAGAGCAAGCAUUGGAGCGUGCAAAGUUAAUUCCAGAUUCUGCUCUUACAGUACCCAAGGAGAAGAAAUUAUCAGGACGACAAUGGUUUGAAAGUGGCGCUGUGAAGGGCAGCAAAACAACUGUUGAAGAGUCAGAAGAUGAGGAAGAGGAGGAUAUUGAUUUUGAUGAAGACUUUGAAGAUGAUGAAGAAGAUAUGCUGGAACAUUACCUUACUGAGAAGUCAGAGGGUUCAUCUCAUAGCUCUUUCCAUAAAUAAACAGAAGGUUGCACAAAUUUCGAUAAGUGUACAAUUGAGUUUUGCAUUGGCAUUUUGACAUUAUGAAUCAUUAUUUAACAUACACUCUAUAUAAUCAUCAGAAGGCAUCAACAAACUGCCUCACACAUAAUGUGGUGAGAAGGGAAGCAUUCAAAAUGUUUAUAUAUCAGUCACCACAUUUAGGGUGUAUGCAAGUUAUGGUUUCAUAUGAUGAUCUCUGAAUCAUACUUGUUUUUGAUUGAGAAGUGUUUUCUAAUCUGGAAACACUUUCAUCAGUUCUUGAACUUUUUUUUCCUUUGUAAUUUAAAUUUUGAGAAAAAUUGGGAAGAUGGCUUAUAGUAUUCCUUGCCUGUAAUGUCCCAAGCCAAAACAAUAAUGCAAAUCCGAUUAUUAUUUGGAUAACAACACCAUCGGGUCCCAGUAUUCGAUCAAAUCUUAGACAGCUCAAAUUAAAAUUACUGUUUAUA